AUACUAUAUAGUUUAUAUACCUCGAUGCUAUUUACUAUACAAUUAACAUCAGAUUACAGAUUUAUUAUAGUUCACCAAGCAACAAGUAACAACCACGGCGAUAGUAUCUUUAAUCAUGGCAACAACUAUGCUAUCUUUAAUCAUGCAUUAUAACAGUUAUAGAUAAUUAUUAUCUAUAUCCAUAGAAAAGAUGUCUCUGUUAAGUUUAUCUUAAUUUGAGAUAGGUAUAAACUAUAUACCUAGAAUCUUGAUUUUUAUUCAUACUUCUCACUAGUCACUUCUUAGUUAUUAGUUUCAAGUCAAUCUAUUACAAAAUAGUAUUUAAUUGAAUUCCAAUUAUACUAUGGAUUUGUUAAAAGCUGAAAUUGAAAAGAAAAGAAAACAAUUAGAAGAUGCUAAUUUACUUAAUCCAAAUAGAAAAUUCUUUAAAAGAUCUGAUUUAUUAAACAAAGAACGAGAAGAAUACUUGAAAAAAAGUACUGUAAAAAUUGAAGGUCUUGAAAAUCCAGUUGAAAAACAAUCAUCAGGUAGUGGUGAUGAAAGUAAUAGUUCUACAUCUGAGAAACAUACCUUAUCAAGAAAAGAAGUAAUUCGUAGGUUGAGAGAUCGCGGUGAACCUAUUACACUGUUUGGAGAAUCAGAACUAGAUUCUUUUAAAAGACUGCGUAGAAGUGAACUUGCUGAACCAGAGUCGAAUAAGGGUUUCAGAAAUGAUUUUCAAGAAGCACUAGAAAAAGUCGAUCAAGACUAUUUAGAUAAGCUUAUGACAAAUAAGGCACCUGAAAAAACUUACACAGAGUUGGAAAGCAUGGAAGAAGCAAUGGCAACUUAUGAAACCAUUCAAUCUAAAGCUGGUAUUUUAGGAAGAAGACGUGAUCGAUCCCAAGAUAUGGAAAUUAUUUUACAGCUUUUACAAUUGUUAUUGAAAAUGUGGGAGGUUCAACUUAACGCUAGAUCUGUUAAAGAAAAAGCUAGUACAAAAGGAAAGUUAGCGUUAGCUACUUACAAUCAAACCCUAAUUUACUUGAAACCAUUAUUAAGAAAACUAAAAAACAGCAGUUUACCUGAUGAUAUUUUGGAUAGUCUUACACUUAUUACAAAACACAUGCUGGAAAAGGAUUAUUUAAGAGCUAGUGAUGCAUAUUUGGAAAUGGCUAUUGGUAACGCUCCAUGGCCUAUUGGAGUUACUAUGGUUGGUAUUCACGCUCGUACGGGUCGAGAAAAGAUUUUCUCAAAAAAUGUAGCACAUGUACUAAAUGAUGAAACACAAAGGAAAUACAUUCAAGCCUUGAAACGUUUAAUGACUAAAUGUCAACUAUUUUUCCCAACUGAUCCAUCUAGAUGUGUUGAAUAUGCCCCAGACACAUAAAAUAUUAUUAUUAUCAAAACAAAAAUAUUUUUCAUGCUGUAUUAUAUUUAUAUUUUACUAUUAUAAUUACAUUACUAAUCAUAGACCAUUAUAAAAUGCAA